AUGUAUUCGAUCGGCAGUGUGGUGGCUAUUCCUUCUAUAGGACCGGCGAUCGAUACUUGGGGAAGAAAGGUCGGAAUCUAUAUCGGAGCUUCAUCGAUUAUGCUGGGAACUAUAGUCCAAUCUACCACGAUCCACUCGAGUAUUGUUAUCGGGCAAUCCAUGGGCGGCAGGUUUCUGCUUGGAUUUGGUGUGGGGAUUGUUGCACCAGCGGGCCCAAUGUAUGUUGGCGAAACAUCACAUCCUACCCACCGGUUUGUUGUCACUGCUUUCUAUAAUACCUUUUGGUUUGUUGGCUCAAUUCUUGCUUCGGGAUCUGCACGAGCAAGUGCGGGCUUAUCCAGUAACCGGUCCUGGCAAGUUCCAGUCUGGCUACAAAUGUUAUUCCCGGGUCUUUGUAUUAUCCUAGUAUGGGCCCUUCCCGAGAGUCCACAUUGGCAAUAUGCUGUUCUUGAUACCGCAGGAAUUACGGAUUCCACUACACAGCUGAAUCUCAACUUAGGUUUAAAUAUCAUGCAGUUUGGCUUGGCUUUGUUCGGUGCUUCCCUCGUAGAUAAAAUAGGUCGUCGUCCUCUACUUCUAUUCGCAAACAUUGGAUGCACUAUAGUAUGGAUCGGAGCCACAGUUUCAUCAUCCAUCAACGCCAAUACAGGUAGCAAGAGCAGUGGCUCUGCUGUUGUGACGAUGAUUUUCCUCUUCGACGCGAUUUCCAGUGUAGGUUUUACGCCGUUGCAAGCAUUGUACCCUGUAGAAUCCCGAGUUUCGAGAUGA